AUGGAAGUUGACUAUAAUAACAACAACAGCAGUAAUUAUCAGACUGCAUAAAAUAAUCCGAGUUUGGUCAGGAUAAACUUGGACUAAGAGAUGAAAGAUGAAGAUAAUUAUGACUCAAGGAAUGCCUAGGGUCUCGGAGCAAAUAGAAAUUCAGAUUAUGAGGAGACUAAGACAAAUCCCAGAGGAUUUUUUGCAGACACAAAAACUGCAACGGCAUGCUCAGUGAGAGUGGCUUUAAGGGUGAGACCUUUAGUAGGGAGAGAGCUGUAUGAAUCGCCAAAUAUCUGUGUAACUUGCUAUCCUGAGUCAGAGUAACUGGUAAUUGGGAAAGAUCGCACAUUUACUUUCGACAAAGUUUUCGAUAUUCCCACCAGAUAGCAGGAUGUAUUUGAUCUUUGCGUUAAAAAUCUUGUUUUGGGAUGCUUUUCAGGCUACAAUGCGACAGUCCUUGCAUAUGGUUAGACAGGUAGUGGUAAGACCUUUACUAUGGGAAGUGGAUAUACCAUUGGUUUGAAGGAUGAGGAGCUGGGUAUUAUCCCAAGAGUGAUAAAACUUAUUUUCGAUGAAGUGGAUAAAAGAAAACACAAAGCAGAGUUUAUCAUUAAGUGCUCGUUCCUAGAAAUUUAUAAUGAGGAGCUGAAUGAUUUGUUGGAUCAUGGGGCAGUAAGUGCUUCUGCUAAUGCGAAUGCUGCAGUAAUCGAUAGGUUUAUGUAAAAGAAGGAAAUUACAAUUAGAGAAGAGAAAAAUGGGAAUAUAAGUGUGUUUGGAUUAAGGGAGGAAAAGGUUAACAGUUAUGAGGAGUUAGCAGCAUGCUUAGAUAAGGGAAGUAAUUUUAGAAGCACAGCUAGUACACUCAUGAAUAAUUGCUCAUCAAGAUCACAUGCAAUUUUCACUAUCACUAUUGAACAACAUGUGAUUGAUGAUUUAUACUAGCCAAGUUACAGUACUGUUCCUGCAUAGACAGCAACUCCAGCAGCUAGUUCAGAUGAGUUCAUGGUAGCUAAAUUCCAUUUUGUUGAUUUGGCGGGAAGUGAAAGGGCAAAAAGAACAGGUGCUACUGGUGCAACUCUCAAAGAAGGUAUCUCUAUUAAUAAGGGUCUGUUAGCACUUGGAAAUGUUAUUUCUGCUUUGACUGAAGACGCUAAAAAGAAUGCUCAUGUCCCUUAUAGAGACUCAAAGCUGACAAGAAUAUUAUAAGAUUCUCUUGGUGGUAAUUCUCGUACAUCUAUGAUAGCUUGCGUCUCUCCAGCCGAAGUUAAUUUUGAAGAGACACUAAAUACCUUAAAGUAUGCAAGUCGUGCUAGAAACAUCAAGAAUAAGCCUAUUGUUAACAGAGAUCCAAACUCAGCUUAGAUUGCUUAGCUAAGAUAAUAAGUUUAUGAAUUAUCUAGAGAACUGAUUGGAGCAAGAAAAUUGCUUGUAAGUAAUAACAUUGCAUUUGAAGAGAACACAUCGCUGCCUUCAGAUUUAAGCAUGAUUGAGCCAGGCAAGAUAUUUGAUCUGCCACAUAGUAAAGAGUUUAUGAUUGGUGGAGCAGAGAUCCAAAAAUAUGAAAACGAGAUUAAAGAUCUCAAGGGAAUGAUGCAACAAAAAGAUAAGAAAGUCUCUCAGCUGCAAACUCAGUUUGACACCUCUUAAGAAUCAUUAGCUUAGAGUCGCAUUGAAAUGUUUUCUAUCUAAAAGGAGAGAGAUCUUUCUAGAUUUUAACUAGAGCAGAUUAUUGGCAUUCUUAAAAAGAGAGAGAUAUUCGAAGAUAUAAUGAAGGAGCUGCAUGGAUUUGAUAGAACUAGUAAAAUGGACAUAGACGAAAAUGGCAAAGAGCAGAAUCCCGAGUUUGACUUCUUUUUUGGCAGUUCAGGUCCUUGCAUUUUGGAGGAGUAUCAAGUCAAGGUAGAGGAGUAAAAGAAGGAGAUAAAUGAUAUGAUGCAGCAACUUAAGCAAAUGCAGAAGGAUAAUGAGUAUCUGACUAAUCAGUCCCUAUAAGAUACACAAAAUCUUGAGACAAAGGAGAAAGAAAUAGAAAGACUAAAAAGAAGCGUGAAUAAACUGCAAAAAGAAAAUGUUGAAAUUAAGAAUCAGCAGAGAAAAGCUCCAGCUACUAAUAACAAUAAAAAUGCUCCAAGUUCUAAUCAGAACAAUGCUCCAGUAAAUAAUCACAUGAACUAGAAUAGAAAAAUGUCAGUGAUACACACAGCUGUAGACAAGAAGCCUUUUGGUUAACUUCCCUAAAACAGAAAAUCAACCGUAAUCUCGAAAGAGCAAGAGGAGUGGCUUUCUAAGGAGUUGGAUUACAAUCUGAAUCAUUUCAAUGAGCUGUUUAUUGAAAAUCUUUCUCAGUCACUCUCAACCAUGCUUGACUUCAAAAAGCCAGCUGCCCAGUUUACCUAAGAUUAAGAGAUGAAACCAGCCAAUGAAAUUGCUAUAAGUGAUGCUUUGGAAGAUGCAAAUAAUAACUUCGACUCAGAUGACUCAUCAGAUGAAGAAAAUGAAGCAGCUCUUGAAAUAGAGCAAAUCAUCCCACAGGGGGAGAAAGAAGUCUAGGAAGUUAUUGACGGCAAUGAGGAGACGAAGAAGCAAGAUGACGAGAUCAAGAAUAUGCUCAAGGGUCAGGAGCAGCAGAUUAUGAGUCUAGAAGUCAAUCUCAAGGACAAAGAGUCACUUCUCUAGGCAAUUAAGGAUUCUCACAAAUCUAUGUCGUAGAAUCUAUUGGAAGCUAUGAAGAAUGAGUAUCAUAAAAAGAUCUAGCAACUCCAAGGAGAGAUGCAGCAAGUCGAGCUAGAGAGAGUUGAGAGUCUCAAGAAAGCUGGGUCAGAUCAAUAGAAAUCGAAACUGGAAGAGUAAUACAAGAAGAAGUUAAAAGAUUUAGAGGAUAAAUUGAGAGAUGCCAAGUAAAAGGACAGAGAACAAACUAAUAUGAUGAAAGAGUCUAACAAGCAAAAGUUAAGAAUCAAGGCUCUAGAAACUGAAAUUGAAAAGAUGAAGACGCAGAGAGUCACAAUGAUUAAGAAAAUGAAGGAGGAGGGAGAAUAGCAUAGGAAAUGGAAGGCAGAUAGAGUCAAGGAGCUGAUGCAGAUCAAACAGUCAAAUCUUAAGAAAGACAGAGAGAUUCAGCUGCUUAAGCGAGAGAAUCAAAGAAAAGACGUGCUAGCAAAGAGGAAGCAGGAAGAACUUUCAAUCCUAAUGAAGAAAAAUAAGAUUGAAAAGCAGAAACAAGCCAAUGCAUCAAAGGACAGAAUGAAGAAAGCGAAUAUCGACAUAGCUGCAAUUCAGCAGUGGAUCAUUACUAACACUGACAAGAUGCUUAACUAUAAGGAACUGCAGACUUAGAUUGAGCAAGAGCUGCUAUAAAGGAAGGGGGUAGAAGAUUCAAUUGCAGAAGAGCAGAAUCAAUAUGCCCAACUCAACGUUAAGAGGGAAAAGCUUGAGUUUAAAAAAUGCCAGCUAGAACAGAGCAAUCAAUCUGGGGAGGCAGAUGAGAUAAUAUACAAUAUUGACGAAGAACUAUCUCAGAUUUCACUUGAGACAAAGGCAAUAGUAGAUAAUAUAGAGACUCUUGAGGAGAAAUUUGACUUCAUUGAUGCUAAAGUCAAUCAAAUAAAUUCUCAGCUAAUGACCUUUUCUCCAGAUGAUGUGGAACAACUGAGAUUCGAUUAGGUAUAGUCGAUUGAAGGUGCCAGAGCUUGUCUAGCUGCAUUCUUUAGCAUUCUACUAGAUGUGAAUGUCUACAAGAAGUAACUAGAAAAUAAACUUGCCUAAGAUGAAGCCACAAUCGAAAGUCUUUCUUAGUAGAUGGAGGAAUUAAGAAAAAUUCAGCAGGCUAAUGAAAUCAACUUCUAAAAGUAACUUGAGUAAAUAAACAAGGAGUAUCGUGAGAAGGAGGAGACUAUGAUUAGAAUUAUCAUGGAAAACGGUGGCUAAGAACUAGAGUAGCUUAUGAAUGGGUAUGAUGGUAAGGCUGGAGGCAAAGAGAUAUUCAGAGAAUACCUAAAGUAAAACAGUCAGAAGGUUGAAGGAGAUGAAAAUCUGCUAUCAUAACCUCCGAUGCUUAAGAAAAAUACAGUUGCAGCUGGAAAUGCUAAGCAGCAAGAAAUAUAGAAAAAUAAGGAGUAGAUGUAUAACUAAUCUAAAACAGCUCUUAGUAAAAGGGUGGCUGAACUAGAAAGGAAAACUAAAGAGGAUCAGAAAAAGAUUGAAUCUCUAAAACAUUAAAAAGAAUAGAUUAUACAAGAGAAAGAGUUGUUUAAGAAGCAACUAGAUAGCACCAAGCAAAAACUAAAAACUUAGGAAGUUUAAGAAGUCAAGUAAUCUAAGGUGCCAAAUGAAGAUUAAGCUUAUAACUCAAACCAAUAAAAAUCUCCGAGGAUAUAGAUUAGCAAUCAGCAGAGAAUGCAAAAUCUUGAAGAUCGUAGAAAGGAUCGCAAGCUUAAGAAAUUAGGCAGCCAGAAUCCUACCUAGUAAAAACCAAUAAUUGAGCCAAGAGUGAUAGCAGAUGAACCAAUGGAUGAUGACGACGAUAUGAUAUUUGAUAAGGAUCCAGAGUUUGUCAAAAACUAGCAAGAAUAACAGCAAGUGCUUUAAGCCCUCAAGAAUAAUCAAUAGUUCUAACAGUAGCAAUAACAAUUAUAAGAACAGCAGGAAUCAACCAAUGUCUUUGCAAGACUUUCUUAAUUAGGUAAAGGCAGGUCUCAUAAUAACAAUUAAGCAAGUAACAGUCUUAACACUUCUUAAAAUAUAUCAUUGACUCAUAUUACACCUCAAGUAAUAGAAAAACCCUAACCUUUGCCUGUCACUAAUUAUGAUGAUGAUGGCAAGUGGAAAUGCAUAUUUAGCAAAGAAUACGCUCAUAACUCAGCAAUUUGCGCUUUGACCUCUGUAGGCAAUCAAAUGUACUCAACAUCCAAUAAAUCUCUCAAAAUUUGGGACCUCGAGAGGAUGCAAGUAGUUAGCGAUAUAGCUGCUCAUUCAGGUCUAAUAAAAUGCAUGACUAUUUGGCAAGAUAAGAAUAUUCUUCUAACAGCUAGUGAAAAGUCAAUAUUCCUUUGGGAUAUGAUAUCUCUGACUCAGGUUGGCUAACUAAAAGCGCAUAAAGAUGAGAUUAAGGCUAUGACAGUAACUCCAGAUGGAAACUUAAUGUUCUCAGCAGGCAGAGGAUCUUAAAAUGCCCCUGGUCUCUUAGUUUGGGAUCUUAGAAAGGGAUCACAGCCAAUUGAUGAGAGAGAGAAAAAUCAAGAUAUAUUCUCAUUGGUAACAACAAAAGAUAUGCUGUUUUAUGGAUGUAGAAGUCAUUAAGUGAUACCCUACGACUUCAAAAGAUCAGUUUAGCAUGAUGCAUUUGAACCACCUCAUUUUGAUGUUGUGACCUCAUUAGCAAUCUUAGAUGGGUUGUUAGUUAGUGGAUCAAGAGACAAAAUGCUUAGAGUCUGGGAUCAUUAAAGAUUCAAUCAUCUAUAAGCAGAAUUAGCUCAUGGCGAGUAGAUAAAUUCUCUUGAAACUGAUUUUGACAUGAGGGAACUUUACUCAGGCUCCAAAGAUGGUAUAGUAAAAGUAUGGCGAAUGAAAAAUCAACGUCUAAAACCUAUGGCUCAAAUGCAGGCUAGUAUCCAAGGUUCAAUAACUACCAUAAGUAAGAUAGACAAGCAAUUCGGCCGAAUGUUUGCUUCUGGCUCAACAGAUAAGUGUCUAAAGAUUUGGAAGAGAAAAUCAGCGGGUAAUGAUAUUGAUGAAAGCAAUAGUCCAGUCGAGCUUGAUGAUAAUGAAAUGUUGUUUGAUAAUGCUUAGCUCGACAGAAAUAAUGACUUUAUGAACGACGAAGAGGGCCAAGAAAUAGAGCAGCAUUUGCUUAGUUAGAUGAACAGAUACGAGGAGUAUAAGCAUCCAUCUUAGAUAAAUGAAUUCAAACACAGAGAAGUCAUUCGAAGCAAUACUGAGACUUUGCCAAAAGCUAAUGCCUAAAGCUACUAUGUUGGAAUACCAUCAAAACUGGAUUAGAAGAGAAGAUAGAAAAGACUGUAGGAUAACUAGAGGAAGUAUUAAAAGGAAAACGAUCAAAAUUAUUAAGUUUGA